CGCCACCCCCAUUCUACCUCACAUUAACCCAACCCAGCCGACUAAAACAGGGCGUCCAUACCACGGCCAAGACGAAUGACAUCGUCGUGUCCUGCCUCACGACAGGAUACCUGGGAUCCUAGACGUUAACUGCGGCGUGGCAGUGAACGCACCGCAUCAGUAUGUGACAUAAAAUGCCCACGAUGGCCGUCCACCAGGCGCGUAGCCGCCGCUUACGAUAAAACACCAUGGUGUCCCUACGACAGAAGCUAGCGCUCAGUCUAUUCACGUCGGGUGGAACAGCGCAAUGGCUCGACGGCAAACUCCUCGGCUCCUGCGCCGACAUCGCGUGCCCCCAGGCCGACAACACGACCAUCGGCGCCGCCUGCCGCAUCGCGAACCAGACGUACGGCGGCGUCGGCGUCGACACGUUCCCGUUCAAUGCCUCCAGCCCCUCCCGCUGGGCCGGCAGGAAUCUCACCUGGACAGUGGCUAUCCACGACUACACCAACUACGACCCCGACACGCGGCUCGAGCGCACGAUCGAAAAGGCCUUCUUCCUGGGGAGCAGCCUGGAUUUGACCACGGCGCUUGAUUUCGGGGGCUGUGCGGUGAUUCUGGAGGCGUAUGAUAGGGUGGCGGAUGAGAGGGGGCGUGCAGGGAGUAAGAGUUGCGAGGAGGUCAUCGGGGCGAAGUGCCAUGAGGAGCUGCAAGAAGGUAUCGACAGGUUCGCGCGGGCACAGGCGGGGCGCAGGUUCAACAGCACCAGCGAUGCGUGUGACGGGCUGGAGGCGUACUUGAAGAGUGUGGAGGGGGAGCAGUCGGAGUGCGGGAUGGAGUGGACGCAGGUGCGGUACGUCCCUAUGGUUGGCGACGCGGCACCCCAACCACUCACCCGUGAGCAGAAUGCGUCGACCAACUGCUACUCCACACAGCCCAAAUCAAACAACCUCGCCUUCGUGACAAACUGGAACAACACGGGCACCAUGUACAUCAACGACACAAUCAAGAUGAUCAACAGUAUCAAUCUCGCACUGACCGUCUUCUGGAAUUCCGCUGGGGGACCCGAUGUAGCCCUAGAGUCGCAUGUGAGCUGUCUGUGGCCGGUGGACGAGACGACGAGGUCAAGGGAGACGAUGUCAUCGGGGUUGGGGGAAGAAGAUGAAGGCGCGGCGGGGAGGGUGGGCACGGUGUGGGCGAUUUUGGGCGCGGCCUUUGUGACCGCGUGGUUUUCGGUAAUCUAG